AUGGAGGAAAUUGAAAUCGAUAAGGCUCCAGGUGUCAGUUUCGGGCCGAAGUUUGAAUGUUCUUGGGAAACUCCGAUCAUCGAAUUAUUUGAGGAGCAGGUGCUAAGAUCCCGUGAAUUCAUUGCCAUCGAAGAAUAUGGAGGCGAACGGAUUUCGUAUGAAGAAAUCAACACAAAGGCGGAAAUUGUAUGCAACGCGAUUAUCAAAUUAUUUGAUAAACUCGAUAAUACCGAAAGCUUCGUUGUCACCGUGCUUCCCGCAUCAAUUGAUUUCCUAACUUGUCAAAUUGCCAUCCUCAAAUCUGGAUUUAUCCAUGCGCCCAUGGAUCCUGCAACUCCUUCUGAAAAUAUGGCCAGAAACAUAGCCUUAUUACCUAGACCAGUGCUGAUAACCAGGAAGUCGAUUCCACUUAGGUUUAAAGUUCCCGGGGAGGCUACCAUGCUAUAUUUAGACGAUCUUAACUACAAUACUUUACAACAGGAUAGUCUUAGAGUGCCCCGUCCUGCUUCCACCGCGCGCGAUACAAAUCUGCUCCUUUUCACGUCUGGAUCAUCCGGAAAACCGAAAGGUGUCCGCCUAUCAAACGCCGCCCUACGAAAUAUAAUUAAUCUAUCGUGGGAAACCUACAAUCUUCAGGACACCUUGGAACGAUCAAUCUUCUAUUUCAGUACGGGAUUUGAUCCCGUAUUCAAUCAAACUUGGCCAUUUCUUACUUCCGGUGGAACUGUAGUGAUCCCACCACCCAACAUUCGAACCGAUAUGGCUGCUUUGCACAAAUUUAUUGAACAGGAAGCCAUCACAGUAGCCCUUUUCCCUCCCACAGUCGCCUUUCACUUUCUGGACAAGAGCGACCUCACCCACUUAAAAUGGCUGGGGUUUGGAGGUGAAUGGAUUUCCAGCAUGGAUGGGUUCAAGCUGUCGGAGAAACUAACGUUUAAAAUCGACCACCAGUACGGGUUAACGGAAGGAUGUGUAGUUCAGGCUGCAAAAAUUUUUCUACCAGGCGAAACACUUGUGCCAUCUGUCGGAGGUCCAAUUGCGAAUACCAACAUCUUCAUUGUUAAACAAGAUGGUGUAAAAUUUACAGAGAUUGGGGAGGAAGGGGAAAUUUACAUUGGCGGAAUUGGGGUCGCUGGGGAGUAUUAUAAAAAUCCAGAAAAAAGUAAAGCCAUGUUCGUCCCGUCCAAAAUGGGAAAGCUGCUAAGAACGCGUGAUUUAGGCUUAUGGAGAGCCGACGGCACAAUUCAAAUAGUUGGUAGGACCGAUGACCAAGUCAAGAUUUGUGGGCAUACUGUAAAACUCGGAUUUGUAGAGGAUGCACUAGCAAAAAUUCCUGGCAUUUCUAAUCCUGCAGCGAUAUUUGACAAGACGACAAUGUCAAUCACUGCCUACUACACCAGGCAGAAGGGUGCCUCGUCGCAUGCCGUAGUAACGUUAGAAUUGGUUGCAAAACUAUUAAAAAACAUACUUCCCUUGCCAGCUAUUCCGACCAAAUUGAUUCUCUUGGAUAACAUGCCGAUAACCCUAAACGGCAAAAUUGACAAGAAAAAGCUCCAAUUCCGGGAUGACAGACUUCCUCGUCACUGUGGAACCUUUGAAAAUAAGACUUCCGCUAAUGAAAUACUCCAGUGGUCAAACGGGCCUGUCGUACGGAUUCCUGAUACCUCAUUAAUUCAAGAAUUUGAAGAUCAGACCCAACGUACCCCGCACGAGAUAGCUGUUGAGCAAGGGGAACACCAGAUGACGUUCGAAGAACUAAACAGUGCUGCCGAAGUGUUGGCAGGUGUGAUCACGGCGAGAAAUUUGGAAAAAAAUCGCUUCGUAGUAUCCUUCCUUCCACAAUCCAUGGAUUUUGUCCUUGCUCAAAUUGCAACUUUGAAAUGUUCGCUGAUUACUGUGCCAUUGGACCCGUCCGCUCCAAUUAGUAGGGUACAAGCUAUACUGACCGAUUUGGGAAACCCUCUCAUCAUAGUGGCAAGGGAACAAAAUAUCGUCCAACUAGUUGGACAGUAUGACGUAAUUACCUUGCAGGAUAUCGACUUCGAAAAUUACCUUUUUGUUGAAGAAACAUCUACUACUGGCAAAAUAUAA